GGGCCGCCCCCCCGGGCCCCAGCGGGGGAGAAAGGUGCCGAGAGCCGCAUCCGUCGGCCCAUGAACGCUUUCAUGGUGUGGGCGAAGGACGAGAGGAAGCGUUUGGCCGUGCAAAACCCCGACCUGCACAACGCGGAGCUCAGCAAGAUGCUCGGCAAAUCCUGGAAGGCGCUGAGCCUCGCGCAGAAGCGGCCUUACGUGGAGGAGGCUGAACGGUUACGGGUGAAACACAUGCAAGAUUACCCCAACUACAAAUACCGGCCGCGGCGGAAGAAACAGGUCAAGCGGAUCUGCAAGCGGGUGGACCCGGGUUUUUUGCUGGGCACCCUGGCGCGGGACCAGAACGCUGUGCCGGAGAAGCGGCCCUGCGGCAGGGUCAAGCGGAUCUGCAAGCGGGUGGACCCGGGUUUUUUGCUGGGCACCCUGGCGCGGGACCAGAACGCUGUGCCGGAGAAGCGGCCCUGCGGCAGGGCGGCAGGCGAGAAAGAGGGGCCGGGUGAGUACCCUCCUCGCCCAGGGCUGCCACCUGCCCGGGGCUACCGGGAGGCCCCAGCCGGUGGCAGCGGCAGCAGCAAUACCAGCGUGGACACCUACCCCUACGGGCUGCCCACCCCGCCAGAGAUGUCUCCUUUGGACGCCAUAGACCCUGAGCAGAGCUUCUUCUCCUCGCCCUGCCCCGAGGACCAUCACCGCUCCCACCUCUCCGGAGCCACCUUCUCCCCGGAGUAUGCGGCCACCUCGCUCCCAUGCAACCCCCACGCUCUUGGUGCCUGCAUGAUCCCUCCAGCCUCCAGCUGCCCUCCCCUUCCUCCUCCUCCUCCUCCCAGCUACUACACGCCUGCUUUCCACCCCGUCCACCCCCAAAACCUCCAUGCCCACCUGGGCCAGCUCUCGCCGCCACCCGAGCACCACAGCUUCGACAGCCUGGACCAGCUGAGCCAAGCCGAGCUCCUGGGGGAGAUGGACCGCAACGAGUUCGACCAGUAUCUCAACACCCCCGGGCAUGCCGACCAUGGCGGCGCACUGCUCAAUGGACACGCGCGGCAGUCGGUGGCCGGCAGCUCCCACACCUCCGAGACCAGCCUCAUCUCUGUCCUGGCGGACGCCACGGCCACCUAUUACAAUAACUACAGCGUCUCCUAGGCCAGCGGGAAGACCCGACAGUAUUACGAGGGACAUCCCCGGGGGAGGUCGCCUGCCCGUCCGCGGGGCGACUGCGUCCACACCAGAAGGGCUGCGGAGUCUCCUUGGUGGCCUGGGCAAUGGAUUUUGGCUGUCGGCUGGUAUCAAGCGUUGGGUCCCCCGCUCCGAAACGGGGACGCGAUUCCCUGCUGCCCAAAAGCCCCCCGGCCGAGUCCCUUUUCCAAACCAGAGAUGCUCCCGCCACGGACGGGCAGGUCGGGCCGCACUUCGGGGCUCUGCUCCGGUGCCGGGAGGGUCGCAGCAUCCCGCGGGUACCUGCCCUGAAAUCUUGACGCGGGCAAAACCCCGUGAAAGCGGAAAGGGUAGCGAUGGAGGGGGGGGGAAAAGU